AUGAGCUGUCCUCCAGACGAGUCCGAAGAUAAAGAGUCCCCACCAUCUGAGGAGUUGGAGUGCAAGAUUUGUUACCAGCGCUACAAUGUCCACAGCCGCAAGCCUAAGAUCUUGGACUGCCUUCACCGUGUCUGUGGACGCUGUCUUGUUAAAAUCCUGGACAAUGCUGAUAUAUCAGGAUCAGUCCCGUGCCCAUUUUGCCGCCACCAGAUCGAGAUCACAGAGUACGAGGUGUCCGCUCUUCCCGACGACACUAACAUCCUGUUCCACUUGGCGAGUCGAGACAGAUCCACCAGCUCCGACCUGAACAAGGAAGUGGUCCUGAACCCAAAGAGCUUCUCCUCCUCUAGUCCAUCCCAAGAUUCCUCCAACUGUCUGGUCAUCACAAUUAUGGAGGUUCCCAGACACUCCCGAUCACCAAGUCGCAAUGGAAGCUCAGAAGUGUACGCUGAACAAAGUCUAGACUCUCUUUCAAUCGGGAAGGCUGAAGAGAAGCUGAGUUUAUUGAGGCAACAGAAAGAAGAAUCGGUGCUGAAAGAGGAGAAGACUCAACAUUACCUGGAGGCCGUCGUCUCGGUAGCAGAGCACAUUUCCCUGGAGAGAAACCACCUGUUGCACAUGGCAUCAGCUCUUGAGCAAGAAAAACAACGAUUUAUCUGCAAGAUAUUGAAUGGAACUGUGCGCCUCGGCAAGCUUCAGAAGGAGGUUCAGGUAAGGCUCAAGUCUCCACUAAACAUAAGCUGA